CCCUCACCUCGGCUGCCAUUUUGGUCGACGUUUUGCUCGUUGGUGCAGCGAUCCCGGCAACUGGUGCAACCUGCGGAACAGCGAGCGGAGGAAAGAUGCAAAUGCUGCAUUGCUAAGUAACUUUGAGGUGUUCCAGUUACUUACUGAUCUUAAGCAGCAGCGCAAAGAGAGUGGAAAAAACAAGCAGAGCUCUGGUCAGCAGAAUCUGAACACAAUCAUGUAUGAAUUGCUGAUGCACCCAAUGCAGACAAUGCAAGGAUUUCCUUGACUUUUCCAUUGACGCUCAUUGCUUCCAACUCUUCAUUUUGGGGUCUAAUCCAAGCAACAUUCAGCAGGAUUCUAAGCUACUUCCAGUGAAAAGACUGGAAUCUGUGUGGGUUUUUUUAUCAACAACUGCUUUUUUUACUCUGCUCAACUUGCAUUACGUAUUAUCUGUCCGCUAGGUGUGUUGUUUUAAAUAAAGCAAGCAGAAGUAACAUCUGCUGCAAAAGUUAGCUGAGGUUGGUAGGUGUUACAUUUCAAAAAAUGGAGCAAAGAUAAGUUGUCUCAAGUCAGAUAAAUGUUUCCAAUACUACAGUAUUCUUGCAGAUUUUCAUGGCAACCUAACCUGCUUCUAUGAACUCUAAGAAAGCAUUGCCAAAUAUGCAUAUAAAGGAUGAAAACAACCAUAGAUUGGAGAGCUUAAUGAGCUAUUUAUGGGUUGGUAGUGAGAAUAUCCCUGGCACUGAGCACAUGAAGACUUGGCAGAAGACACUGAAGUACAUUUCAAAAACGCCCUGUAGAUACCAGAGUCCCGAGACUGUGAGAGACUUCCUUGUAGCAAUGAAGGGCCAUAAGCUAACCAAGGCAGAAAAGCUCCAGUUGCUUAACCACAGGCCUGUGACGGCAGUUGAAAUACAGCUGAUGGUAGAAGAAAGUGAGGAAAGGCUAACAGAAGAGCAGAUUGAGUCGCUUCUCCAGACAGUCACCAGUAUUCUUCCAGGGGAUCCAGGAGAACAGCAGAGAGACUCGGCAAUGGCAAUCGAAGACAAAGGUGACCAAGCGUAGGAGGCAUCUAGACCAAAGCUGGCAACAAUUUCAGCAGAGGAGAACCACCUAAUACUUUUCUGUUUUUUACCUGAUACCAGUUUAACCUUGUAUUGGACAUAGUUGUAAAAUAUGUUACAACUUUUAUUACUCAGAGGUGAUGAGGAAGCCAAUUGUUUACAAGAAAGUGUGGAAAAAGUCUCUAUUGUUUUGGCAUUUUGUCAUAAACAGGGACGGUAGUAACUGAGUUUGUAAUGUAGCAGUCUGAGAAAUUACGGAGUACAGAAUCUGAAGCUGUUGUAUUUUUUCCAUUACCCAUGUAACAGCUGUACAUUUGAAUAGGCUUAUAUACAGCUGGCAAUGUUUUAAUUAUCACAGCAGUACUAUGACUAUAAUUGCUAUCAUAUGCUUUUGAAUUGCCCAACUGGUUUUCAGAAUACGGCUCACAAUAGAAAGCUAAAUUCUGGAGCUGUUUGUGAAUGGGGCUGUUUUCAGGGAUCAGAACAUAGAGUAACGUACAAGAACUGGUUGGUAUCUGGCCGGACAGUCUCAGGUGGGCUGUCGGCAUCUUGGAAGUGAGAGGAUCUGUUGGCAGGUUAACUGUUCUCAAGGAUGUCUGACAGUCCGUACUUGAUAAGAGAGAUCCAGAUCAUCAGCUACAUCAAUGUGUUGCCACUGAAAUCGCCUGAGUUGGACCAGUUUGCAGUAGCUGAGGCUCUGGACUCAAAUAUUAAGGCUCGUAGUAGUACCAACAGGCGAACGUUUGGGCGUGAGGUGUGUAUUUUCCUUUUGAACGUUUGUCCUAAUAUUUAUAUAUAGACAAGUCACAGUCCUGUGAAUAUGCCGUUAACCGUGGAAUAAAUGAAUGAGUCAACACUGAAGAGAAGUCCUAAUCUGGUUUAGGAGAACAAGAAUCAGUCCCAGUUGAAGCAGAAUUUUCUGUCUACUGAGCUGUUGUCUGAUUAAAGAUUUCAGGAGAAAGUAUUUAACAUUGAAAGCAUUGAUGAUUGUAAUAAAUCUUUUGGAUAUAUACAUAAAGUCGUGAGUUAUACAUGGCACUGGUUUUAUACUAUGACUGCAGAUGACUCUUUUAGAAUUAUUAUAAUGUACUGGAAAUAGAAAUAAAGUUUGGAGUCCAUCCUCGGAA